AUGACAACCGCCGAAAUCCCCGAGUCGCACUGUGACGUGCUCAUCAUUGGAGCUGGCCCUGCGGGGCUUAUGCUCGCAACGCAGCUGGCGCAGCUUGGUGUGAACGCCAGAAUUGUGGACAAGAUGCCCCACCCAGUUCUGCGCGGACAUGCGGAUGGUAUCCAUGCACGCACGUCCGAAGUGCUAGAGUCCAUGGGCCUGUACGCGGCUGUUAGGGACGAGGGGCUCUUCUGGAAGGAGGGUUUCAUGUGGGACUGCGAUGGAGAAGUUCCCCGCGUGGACCAAAGGGUCGACUACGACACGAGCUCAUUCUCCCGCCUCCCCGCCGGCAUGCUGGGACAAGCGGUCAUCGAGCGCAACUUCAUUCAGGAGAUGGAGAAGUGCGGCAUGCAUGUCGAACGUCUGCUCGCCCCGAGAGCCUUGGAGGUCGAUGAAGGGCAGGAAUACCCUGUCCGUGUGGAGCUGCACUCUGUCCCUUCUCCGGAGGGCUGGGACGUGCGCAGCGGCCUGUACCGCUCCAACAUUCGCGUGGACAACUCCUACGCGCGGUCCGAGACUACGAGCGCGGUCGCUGAGAUUGUGCGAUGCAAGUAUCUCGUUGGCUGUGACGGCGCUCAUUCUUGGGUACGACGCACGAUUGGGCUCGUCCCCGAAGGCGAGCGCUCGUCCUCGUUCUUCGGAGCCAUGGACGUGGUGCUUGACAGUGACCUCACGACUUUGGGCGGUAUCAACAUCUUCCAGCGGCACGGGCACAGCGUCGUCCUCCUGCCCCGUGAAGCGGAUAUGGUGCGCAUUUACGUUCCCCUCGGCACGUCUGGCGAGCCCUUCGACCGCAAGUCCGUGUCCUGCGAAAAGCUGAUUGCGAUUUUGAAGGAGUGGCUCAGCCCUCACCGGGUCAACAUCGACUAUGUCGACUGGUGGACCGUGUACGAGGUUGCGCAGCGUUGCACGCCCUCCAUGGAGGCUCACUCGGGGCGCGUUCUGAUUGCGGGUGACGCUUGUCAUACCCAUUCGCCCAAAGCGGGACAGGGCAUGAACGUGUCCAUGCUCGACGGGUUCAACCUCGGCUGGAAGCUCGCCGGCGUGCUGAAGGGCACACACAAUCCAGACGUUGUGCGGACAUACAGUCCCGAGAGGCACCAGGUCGCUGCUCAACUCAUUGCUUUCGACAAGCUGUGGAGCUCUUACUUCACGGGUCAGCGCAAGGUCGAGCCUGGAGAGUUUGAGAGAACCUUUAGGCAGAGCAUGAAGUGGAUGAGCGGGACGGCUGUGCUGUACGAAACUGGUCUGAUCGUGGCCACCGAGGAUGAGUGUGACCCGCACCGCGCCAAUGGGGUCAGUGUCGGGUCACACUUCGAAAAUGCGACUGUGAAGCUCGUGUUCAACUCGAUGGAAGCGCAGCUCCAGACUCGCAUGAGGGCUAAUGGACGCUGGAAAGUUGUCUGUGAUGUGCUCCAAGCAGCAAUUCAAGAGGAGCUGUCAGAGUACACCGACGGCCUGACUAACUUUGUCAAACGCUUCACAAGGGUCGGCGACGACCUCGACAGUGUCCUUGAGGUGGUGACUGUCUUCAGAAGCCCCCACUCGGACGUCCAGAACACGACGAACAGCUUUUCAGACGUCUUGCGUCCGCGCAGAACUGUGUACGGCGUCAAGCAAGGCUACACGGCCAGGGACACGCUCUUCACUGAUGCCGAGGGUGCGGCAUACAAGCAGUAUGGGGUCGACGGUCCUGCGUCCGUCCUGGUUCGACCGGACCAGCAUGUCGCUGGCGUGUUCGAGAUGUCCGAGGCGGGCUUGCAGAAGAUGGACAAGUUCUUGUCCCGCGUUCUUGUGCCGGUCCAGUAA